UGUAAGUAGGUUGAGUUCGUCCGAGCCCAGCCACAACAGCCACAACAACAACAGCCACAACAACAACAGCUCAUCAUCAUCUUCAUCGUGAAGGUUCGUGAAGGUCGUGUUGUUCAAUGUAGCGGUCAGCCUUGAGUCUGAUCGUCGUGUUGAAGGAGGAUUGAACGGGUGCUCUAUCCAGCCUCCGUAAAACGAGUGAGUCCCUCCUCCUCCUCCUCUUCUUCUUCUUCGUCUUCUUCUGCUACUGUCAUCAUCAAUCUCUCCAUCCUUCCUUGGACUUGUUCGUGCGUGAUUGGCCCAUCGGAUUGUCGAUCGAGUUUCUCCCGUGGCUCCUGCUCCACUUGAUCCACCUGCUCCACCUGCUCCACCUGCUCCUCUUGAUCCAAGAUGGUGGUGAUGAAGGUGGGGAAAUGCCCCACGGAGACACUCUCCUUGACGAAUCGGGUGGUGAUCCAUCCGCAGGAUGCGCAGAGCGUGUGUGCCGGCCAAAAGCACGCCGUGGUGUGUCCGGCCCCGGGCCAGCGGUUCGUAUACUCUCUCGUGGAAGACGGCCAGAUUACGCCUGGACAGUUGGGAUUCGGCCUUGCUCAACGGAAAUGGUCGAUCUUGUCUUUAAACCAAGACAUCGAUGUCGUUCCCCAUCAAUUUGAUACGAAGCGCGAUUACAUUAGCGCCAUGGUGUUGUACAUUGACUUCUACAAUAAGAAAAAAGUCAGUCAAGAGCCAUACGACACGGAUGCCAUGGCCAAGGAAUUCCUCAUGCAAUUCCAUCAUCAAGCUUUCUCCGUGGGUCAGCCCUUCGUGUUCCAAUUCCAAAACAAGGCUUUGACGUCAGUGGUAGUCGGCGAGAUCCAGACCUCGGAUCUAUCUGCUCUCAAGGAUGGAUCCACGGAUGUGAAACCCGUGAAAAGUAACUUGGGAUUGAGCUUCCCCAACACAUCCAUCAUUUUUGAAAAGGCUGAAGGGUCUACCAUCCAGUUAAUCGGUUCCAGCAAAGGCAAAGUUGUGCGGCAGUCGAUUAUCAAUCCGGAUUGGGAUUUUUCCAAAAUGGGCAUUGGCGGAUUGGACACGGAGUUUAACGCCAUUUUCCGGCGGGCAUUUGCUUCCCGAGUGUUUCCUCCGGAGAUCAUGGAACAACUGGGAUGCAAACACGUCAAAGGUAUCCUUCUGUUUGGUCCCCCGGGAACCGGCAAAACUCUCAUGGCCAGACAAAUUGGGCAAAUGUUGAAUGCUAGGGAACCCAAGAUUGUGAACGGACCCCAAAUAUUGGACAAGUAUGUGGGUGAGAGUGAGGCCAAUAUUCGCCGUCUCUUUGCCGAUGCUGAAGAAGAAGAGAAACGGAUGGGCCCGAAUUCAGGGUUGCACAUAAUCAUAUUUGACGAAAUCGAUGCCAUUUGCAAGGCUCGGGGCUCUGUGGCCGGAAAUUCUGGAGUCAAUGAUACGGUGGUGAAUCAACUUCUUUCCAAAAUUGACGGCGUCGAUCAACUCAACAACAUUCUCAUUAUUGGCAUGACCAAUCGGAGAGACAUGAUUGAUGAUGCGCUCCUCCGCCCUGGUCGAUUAGAAGUAUCCAUAGAGAUCGGACUACCCAAGGAGAAGGGUCGCACUCAGAUUCUCAACAUUCAUACCCGUAAGAUGAAAGCCAACGGGAAAAUGGGAAAAGAUGUUAAUCUGGAGGAGUUUGCCACGAUGACCAAGAACUUCAGCGGUGCGGAAUUAGAGGGCCUGGUCCGGGCAGCGCAAUCGUGCGCUCUCAAUCGAUUAGUCAAAGCCUCGUCAAAGGUUGAAAUCGAUCCCGAUGCUGCCGAAAAACUCGUCGUUAGUCGUGCUGACUUUAUGCACGCUUUCGAGAAUGAUGUGAAACCAGCUUUUGGGGCGUCUCAAGAGAUUUUAGACGGGUUCCUAGCGCGAGGAAUACUACCCUGGGGUAACCCGGUCCGCGAUGUCUUGGACGAUGGAGCUCUGCUGAUUCAACAGGCUGCUAGUUCCGAUGGACCAGGUUUGGUGAGCAUCCUCUUGGAAGGUUCGCCCAAUGCUGGCAAAACAGCCUUGGGUGCAGAAUUGGCCAAGAUGUCAGGAUUUCCUUUCGUCAAGAUUUGUUCCCCCGAAGAUAUGGUUGGCUACACCGAGUCAGCCAAAUGCAUGCAAAUUCGUAAGAUAUUUGACGAUGCUUAUCGCUCUGCCCAAUCUUGUAUUAUCGUUGAUAAUGUGGAGCGCCUUUUGGAUUAUGGUCCCAUCGGACCUCGCUAUUCAAACUUGACCUUGCAAGCUCUGCUUGUGCUUCUGAAGAAGAAUCCGCCCAAAGGAAAGCGGUUAUUGGUGGUAUGUACCACCAGUCGACGAGAAGUCUUGGAUCAAAUGGAAAUGCUGUCCGCUUUUACGGACGUGUUGCAUGUUUCAAAUUUGACCAAGUCAGAGCAUUUCAAGGUGGUGUUGGAAAACUCGGGCGUGUUUUCAAAGUCAGAGAUGGAUAAGUUACUGAAGAAAUUGGCUGGUUACAAGAUCUCCAUCGGGAUCAAGAAGGUUCUCGGUCUCUUGGAUAUGGUCAAACAAAUGAAGCAAGACAAAAUGAUCAAGUUUAUUACCAAGUUAGAGGACGAGGGUUUUAUCGUCCUUAAUGUUUAAAGAGGCACGUCAUGGUGACUCGGAUCUCUACAAGUCAAACAUUCCUAUCACGUUAUUUAUUGUUAUUAUUCGACGUUUAGAGCGAUUCUUAUGAUACCGCAAUGUCAUGUUCUGAAAGUGUUAUUCUUUCGUUCAUACGUUAUUACUCUUGUUUGUAGUUGACAAAAUUGUCACUGUCUAAAGUAGCUCACCAGCUGUGGACUAAGGCUAUCACAAUGUGGACGAAUAAACAUGUUAGGUUUUUUCCCUUUGA